AUGGACGCACACGGCUUCGUCAUGGUCAAGGCUGAGCCUCUGCCCGAGGGCACCCCCAUCGUGCAGGGCUACGACUUCAACAAGGGUCUGGACUACGAGGCUCUGAUGGCCUCUCUGAAGACCACGGGCUUCCAGGCCACCUCCUUCGGCCAGGCCGUCGACGAAGUCAACCGCAUGUUGCGGUGGUCGCUCAACGACGAGCCGGUGACGGAGAAGGACGACGAGGAGAGCCGGGACCCGGAGUACCGCAAGGGGGUCAAGUGCACGAUCUUCCUGGGCUACACGUCCAACAUGAUCUCGUCGGGCGUGCGCGAGAUCAUCCGCUACCUGUGCCAGCACAAGCUCGUCGACGUCAUCGUCUCCAGCGCCGGCGGCAUCGAGGAGGACUUCAUCAAGUGCUUCGCCCCCACCUACUGCGUGGGAGACUUCAGCCUCGAUGGAUGCGCCCUCCGCCUCAAGGGACAGAACCGCAUCGGCAACCUGAUCAUCCCCAACGAGAACUACGUCAAGUUUGAGGAGUGGAUUCUGCCAGUCCUCGACGCCAUGGUGCUCGAACAGAAGGAGAAGGGUGAGAUCUGGAGUCCGUCGAAGAUGAUCAGCCGGUUCGGCAAGGAGAUCAACAACCCCGAGUCCGUUUACUACUGGUGCUGGAAGAAUGACAUCCCCGUGUUCUGCCCGGGCCUGACCGACGGUUCGAUUGGCGACAUGAUCUACUUCCACUCGUACCAAAACGAGGGCCUCAUCGUCGACAUUGCGCAGGACAUUCGCGGAAUCAACAACAAGGCCGUGUACGCCAAGAAGUCGGGCAUGAUCAUCCUCGGCGGAGGUCUCAUCAAGCACCACAUUUGCAACGCCAACCUCAUGCGCAAUGGCGCCGACUACACAGUGUUCAUCAACACCGGCCAGGAGUUCGACGGCAGUGAUUCGGGCGCGCGUCCCGAUGAAGCCAAGUCGUGGGGCAAGAUCCGCUACGACGCCUCCCCGGUCAAGAUGUACGCCGACGCGUCGAUGGUGUUCCCGCUCCUGGUGGCCGAGACCUUCGUCAAGCAUCAGCUCAAGAAGACCAAGGAGCAGCAGCAGCAGGAGGAGGGCGCCAAGGCCCAGUAA